AUGAUUCAUAAUCAACAACUGUUCUUACCUAUUAUUGGCUAUAACGAUUCGUUCGUAAUCUAUUCUCCAUCAGCCAUUUCGAGCACUUCUGGUUCAUCAACUUCUUCUCCGUCGCCUUCGUUAUCGAAAGCGAGCACGCCAUCAAAGAAAACUUCAUCUUCGUCCGGGAAAGAACGCCGAGUUUUCGAUCUGCCAUGCGCCAUUUGCUCUUGUCCAGCUACUGGAUAUCAUUAUAAUGUAGCUUCCUGUAACGGAUGCAAAACGUUCUUUCGUCGUUGUAUUCUCUCAAAAAGCAGUUUCCGUUGCAUUCGCGUCAACUCAAAAUGUCUAUCUGACCUGAGUCAGUAUGCGGAUGGGACAAGAAUCAAAUGUCGUAGCUGCCGUUUAGACAGGUGUUUGCAACAAGGAAUGCGAAGAGAAGCCGUUACGUCGUCCGUCUACAACUCUGAAAUGAAGCUUCCCUCAGAUCUCUACAUUUCCUCUAUCUCCGAACCAAGUACAUCAAGUGCCAUCAAGUGUGUUAACGAUACCACUUCAAAGAUGCGUCAUUGUCUUCAUCUCAUUAGAAGAUUGAGAGAUAUACCAGAAUGGCUCACAAUUGAUCUCGCAUGUGCCAUUGAGUAUAUUAAAAAUAUUCCAGGAUUUGACAGCUUCAAUAUUAAUGAUCAGGAAGAACUUCUCCGAUCUGCAGCUUUUCAAAUAACUAUAGCGAUUCAAGCUAUAGAUAGCUAUUUCGAAGGACACAAAUCGAUAACACUUCCUGAUGGAACUGAUCUGUUUGAACUAGUGAACAGAAGUGGAGAUGGUGCUGACCGAAUGUACGUAAACAUGUUCACUACGAUUCUUGAUCCUUUGUAUCGUGAAGAGUUCACUAUCGAUGAGCUCUCAUUGGCUCUUAAUCUCUUAUUCUUUUCUAUUGUUCCCUCCAGUUCGUUAUCCACCGUUGGACAACUUCUGCUUGAUGAAAAAAAAACGCAGUCAAUGAGAAAUCUUUUAGUUCUUCUCAUGACUCAAGAUUCAACAAAAUUUGCUGGACGAUUCGGACGCCUUACAGCUUUGAAUGAGCUUUUCAGCAAGGUUACAUCCAAUCAUCGCCAAAAAAUGUUAGAAGCUGACGAAAGACGUCUGAAACUAAGAGAUUAUCUUAUUGAACAAGUAGUAUUUGGAUACAGAGGAGAAGCUUUGUAA